CACAUCUCGGUGUUCCGGUGAACCCGCGGGCUCAGCACGAUCACUCACCGUCACCUGAGGAGGAAGAGGAGGAGCAGGAGGAUGAAGAGCCGCUGCAGUCUCCGGCCAUGAGGACGCGAAGGUGACAGGAGCGUCCAGUCGGUGGCGGAAAUUAACCAAUCAGCUGUCAGCAACCCAACAACCAGCCAAUAAGCCCCGAAGAAGAAGAGGCGUGUCUGGCUCCGUCUGACAGACGAAGAAGAAGAAGAGCGUCGCGUGUAGUUCAGAGCGUGCAGCGAGCACGUGUUAAAGACGCUCUGCCAAUAAGAUCGAAGAAGAAGAAAAGAAGCACGUGUUAUUUCUACCGGUCUAGUGGGCGGCAAUGUACCUCUUCAGCGGAGUUAACUACCGCCAUUAAACCUAAAAGAAGAAGAAGAAGAGAUUUUCUCGGACAGCAGCAGGAUGAGUGUGUCCAUGCCGCAGAAGCGCUAUUACCGCCAGAGAGCGCACUCCAACCCCAUGGCUGACCACAGCUUCCAGUACCCCGUGUGCCCUGAGCUGAUGGACUGGUCUCAGCUGUACCCGGAGUAUUUCCAGCCGUUGAGCGGAAGCGAGAAACCGGACAAGCUCAGUGCUCAGGUGGAGUUCGCUGACAUCGGCUGUGGAUACGGAGGGCUUCUGGUUGCGUUAUCGAAGCUGUUCCCCGAGCGGCUGGCUCUGGGUCUGGAGAUCCGGGUGAAGGUCUCAGACUAUGUCCAGGACCGCAUCGUGUCUCUGCGAGCGGCUGAACCGGGCAGAUACCAGAACAUCGCCUGCCUGCGCAGCAACGCCAUGAAGUACCUGCCCAACUUCUUCAGCAAGGGACAGCUCAGCAAGAUGUUCUUUCUCUUUCCGGAUCCACACUUUAAGAAAACCAAGCACAAAUGGCGCAUUAUUAGCCCUACGUUACUGGCGGAGUAUGCAUACACGCUGAGAAUCGGGGGUCUAGUGUACACCAACACGGACGUCGAGGAGGUCCACGACUGGAUCGUCAAGCACUUCAGCGAACACCCUCUCUUCUGCAGAGUGUCUGAUGAAGAACUGGCUGAUGACAUCAUCAUUAGUCACCUGGGAACAUGUACGGAGGAGGGGAAGAAGGUUCAGAGAAACGGAGGCAAGAAUUUCUUAGCAGUUUUCCGCAGACUGGAGGAUCCUCAAACAUGACGCUCCUCGAAUGAAGCCGUCGAAUCGCUUCCAUCUCAGAAGAUUUGGUUCUGUUAUUUUUCAAUGUGAAUAAACGCUCUUCUUUAUAUUAAAUGUUUAUUAUAUUA